ACAGGGAUUCGUUCAGAGACCAUUUCUGUGCCACAAGAAAUAAAAGCAUCGCAGCUGUGGAAUGAGAUAGAAACUCGACAUCCAGGGUUGGCUGAUGUCAGAAACCAGGUGAUACUGGCUGUUCGUCAGGAAUAUGUCGAGCUUGGAGAUCAGCUCCUCCUGCUUCAGUCGGGGGACGAAGUUGCCAUCAUCCCCCCCAUUAGCGGAGGGUAGUGCUGUGGAGCCCCUUGAGUGCGUGAGGAGAGGUGGGAACGAAGUGGAAGAGAAACCCAAGGAUAUAAUAAAAUUCACGGCGGAGAAGCUGUCGGUAGGAGAAGUCUCGCAGCUGGUGACCUCCCCGCUCUGCGGUGCCGUGUCCCUCUUUGUAGGGACCACAAGAAAUAACUUUGAAGGGAAAAAAGUCAUCAGCUUGGAGUAUGAAGCAUACAUCCCGAUGGCAGAAAACGAAGUCAGGAGAAUUUGUAGCGACGUGCGGCAGAGGUGGCCGGUGAAGCACGUCGCGGUCUUCCACAGGCUCGGCCUGGUUCCCGUGUCCGAAGCAAGCGUUGUCAUCGCGGUGUCCUCGGCCCACAGGGCCGCGUCCCUCGAGGCCGUGAGCUACGCCAUUGAUGCUUUAAAAGCCAGGGUGCCCAUAUGGAAAAAGGAAAUGUACGAAGAGUCACCGUCCUCCUGGAAAAGAAACAAAGAAUGCUUUUGGGCCACCGCCAGCGAUUGACGGCGUGCUUUAGAGAACUGGGGUCUAAGCGUGGUCGGCUCCUCUGGGAUCGCGUUUUGAAUUUCCUUCCCCUGAGGUCACCGUAGUUCAGGGUGAGGUUUUACACUGGAACUAGAAAUAGAGGAAAGAAUUUGGGGGCAAAAAGGAAGGAUAAUUUAAAUGGGAGGAAAGAUGUCAGGGGUAGACAGGUUGUCCCAUAACUGUGACUGGACUCGCUGAGGUCGCCCUUCCCUCGGACUGUGUC